GUCUAUCUUUCUCUGUGUGUCUCUUAGCCAAUUACACAGUGUCCUGUCUUGCAUCCUGUCCCCCUUUUUUUCUGCUCUCACUCAUUUUCCCUCCUUCUUUCUUAAGGCCUUGUUGAGCCCUGAUAGGCUUGCUGGGGAUAAAACCUGGAGCUUGAGAGAGGAGAGGGACAUUUGGGAGCGAGAUGGCGAGAGGGAUGGUGGCCACAUACCUACAUGGAGUCCUUCUCCUGGCUCUGUGGAAGCCUUCACUGCAAGGAGGUGUAUAUGUACCUGCUGGUGGAGCAGCAGGAGGAGCUGGAGCAGGACCUGGAACAGGAUUCGGACCAGGUGGGACUGGAACAGGAUUCGGCCCUGGCGGAGCCGGGACCGGAUUCGGUCCUGGAGGAGCAGGGACCGGAUUCGGUCCUGGAGGAGCAGGGACCGGAUUCGGUCCUGGAGGAGCAGGGACCGGAUUCGGUCCUGGAGGAGCAGGGACUCAAUUCGGUCCUGGAGGAGCAGGGACUCAAUUCGGUCCUGGAAGUGCAGGGACUGGAUUUCAGCCUGGUGGAGGAGCUGGUGUUGGUCUAGGACCAGGAGCUGGUGGAGGGGGCUAUGGUGGUCAAGGACCAGGAGGAGUCGGCCCUGGAGGAGUCGGACCUGGAGGAGUCGUCCCUGGAGGGUUCAGGCCUGGCACCUUUGGCCCAGGCAGUGGUGGACUUGGAGUCAUACCUGGAGGUGUUGGUGCUGGUGGAAAGCCUCCGAAAACAGGAGGUGGCUAUGGUGAUCGUGGAGGUGUGACUGGAGGGUUUGGAGCAGGACAGGGAGGUGUAGGAGGACUGGGACCGGGCGGAGUAGGGUCAGGUGGUUUUGGACCAGGUGGUGUCGGUACUGGAGGCUAUGGAACUGGGCCUGGAGGAGUUGGUCCAGGUGGUUUUGGACCAGGAGGCACUGGUCCUGGUGGCCAAGGCACAGGCCUCGGGGCAGGGGGUUUGGGUGGAGGUGUGCUUGGAGCAGGAGGCCUCGGGACUGGCAGAGGUCAGGGAGCUGGAGGGCUUGGAACUGGACCAGGCUACGUACCUGGAGGUGGCUAUGGAGGUUAUGGAGGAUAUGGACCUGGUGGAACUGGUCCUAAACCUCCUAAAACAGGUGGAACUGGUUAUGGGCCUGGUGGUGCUGGAUUUGGACCUGGUGGUGCAGGAGUUGGGCCUGGUGGUGCUGGAUUUGGGCCUGGUGGUGCAGGAGUUGGGCCUGGUGGUGCUGGAUUUGGACCAGGCGGUGCAGGAGUUGGACCUGGCGGUGCAGGAUUUGGACCUGGCGGUGCAGGAUUUGGACCUGGCGGUGCAGGAGUUAGGCCUGGUGGUGCAGGAUUUGGACCUGGCGGUGCAGGAGUUGGGCCUGGUGGUGCUGGAUUUGGGCCAGGUGGUGCAGGAGUUGGGCCAGGUGGUGCAGGGUUUGGGCCUGGUGGUGCAGGAGUUGGGCCCGGUGGAACAGGAUUUGGGCCUGGUGGUGCAGGAGUUGGACCCGGUGGAACAGGAUUUGGGCCUGGUGGUGCAGGAGUUGGACCUGGAGGAGCAGGAGGAGUCGGUCCUGGUGGAGCUGCCGGAGUUCCAAUACUGCCACAGACUGGUACAACUGGGGGAGGACCUGGAGGAAAGAGUGGUGGUAAAGCAUCAAAACAAGUUCCAGGAGUUGGUGUGCCUGGACUCUAUCAAGGUGGAUAUGUACCAGGCCAAGGUUUUGGAGGCCGUGGCGUUCUCCCUGGAGUGGCCACAGGAUCGGGACUUGGGCCUCAGACUGGGGCCGGAGUUCUCGGACAGGGUGGUGUUGGACCAGGAGGAGCAGGCAAUGGUCGUGGACAGCAGUUGCCUGGCGUUUUCCGUGGUUACCCUCUCAUAUCACCAAAAUCAGGGGCGGGCAAAUCCAAGAAGAAUCCAGCCAAAGCUGCAGCUAAAUAUGGUGUACCUGGAGCUGGAGGAGGGACACUUGGUCAAGGAGGCUCUUUGGGCGUUGGGGCUGGAAGACUCCCUGGAGGAGGAACAGGAGCUGGACCUGGAUUUGGAGGUGGAGUUGGAACAGGAGGAGGACCUGGAGCUGGAACUGGAUUCGGACCUGGUGCUGGAGCUGGAACUGGAUUCGGACCUGGCGCUGGAACAGGAGGUGGAACUGGAUUAGGUUAUGGUCCUGGCUCAGCCAAAGCACGCAAAUAUGGCCAGCCUGGCGGUGGAGGCACUGGUGUUGCUGGAGGCCUUGGAGGUGGAGGUCCAGGAGGAGGAGUUGGCCGCGGCACAGGAGUGGGACCUGGCUCUGGUGUUGGUUUUGGUCCAGGUGGUGCCGGCACUGGAUCAGGCGGCCUUGGUUACGGUCCAGGUGGUGCUGGCACUGGGUCAGGCGGUCUUGGUUACGGUCCAGGUGGUGCUGGCACUGGCCCUGGAGGAGCAGGUUAUGGGUCAGGCGGAACUGGGUAUGGGCCAGGCGGAACUGGGUAUGGGCCAGGCGGAACUGGAUAUGGGCCAGGUGGAACUGGAUAUGGGCCAGGUGGAACUGGGUAUGGGCCAGGUGGAACUGGGUAUGGGCCAGGUGGAACUGGGUAUGGGCCAGGUGGAACUGGUACUGGGACAGGAGGAGCAGGAACAGGACCUGGAGGGUAUGAUGCCAGUGCCAAAGCUCGUAAAUAUGGAAUGUUAAGUGGAGCACUUGGAGGUACAGGACCAGGCGGUGCUGGUACUGGCUAUGGACCAGGAGGAGUUGGACCGGGCGGUGCUGGUACUGGCUAUGGACCUGCAGGCGUUGGACCAGGUGGUGCUGGUACUGGCUAUGGACCUGGCGGUGCUGGUACUGGCUAUGGACCUGGAGGCGUUAGACCAGGCGGUGCUGGUACAGGCUAUGGACCUGGAGGCGUUGGACCAGGCGGUGCUGGUACAGGCUAUGGACCAGGAGGAGUUGGACCCGGCGGUGCUGGUACAGGCUAUGGACCUGGAGGAGUUGGACCAGGCGGUGCUGGUACAGGCUAUGGACCAGGAGGAGUUGGACCUGGCGGUGCUGGUACUGGCUUUGGACCAGGAGGAGUUGGACCAGGUGGGGCUUUCUAUGGUCCUGGAGGUUAUGCUGGUGCUAAAGCCCGCAAAUAUGGUCUGCCUGGAGGUACCCUGGGUGCAGGAGGACUUGGUGGUGGAGGGGGGCCUGGUUCUGGGCUUGGAGUAGGAGGAGGGGUCCCAGGACGAGGUGUUGGAGUAACAACUGGUGGUGGACCUGGAGCUGGACUGGGGACCGGUGGGAUACCUGGUUCUGGUAUUGGAACGGGAGGUGGACCAGGUGGCUUUGGACCAGGCGGUGCUGGAGGGCUUCCAGGUGGUGGUGGGACAGGAAGAACAGGAUAUGGACCGGGUGGAUACGGACCUGUUGGAUAUGGACCUGGUGGAUAUGGACCUGGUGGAUAUGGACCUGGACCUGGUUACGGACCAGGUGGAGGCUAUGGUGCAGGACCAGGAGUUGGAUAUGGAACAGGCUAUGGAGCUGGAUUAAAACCUGCUAAAUAUGGUCAAGGUGGAACGGGUGCUGGUGGGGUACUUGGAGGUGGAGCAGGACGAGGUGGUGGUUAUGGACAAGGAGGAUUUGGAACUGGCUCUGGGGGUCUAGGCUACGGUACAGCAGGAUCUAAAGCUGCAAAGUACGGACUUGUACCUGGGGCAGGAGCAGGGACUGGCACAGGAACAGGAACAGGCACAGGAACUGGCACAGGAACAGGCACAGGCACAGGAACAGGCACAGGCACAGGAACUGGCACAGGAACAGGAACUGGCACAGGAACAGGCACAGGGACCGGCCUUGCAGGAACUGGCACGGGGACUGGCACUGGUGUUACAGUGAAUGGCACCAGCACUGGCAGUAGUGCAGGGGCGACAGCCGGACCCAGUGGAGGGGGACUCGGAGCCACAGGAGGCACACCAGCUCCAGCAUCAGAAGGUACUGGUGUAGCUGGCAGACCAGUGGGUGAAGGAGGUGACAGAGAUGCCCUGGGUGGAACAGGAAUCCCCAUCAUUGGAGCAAGACCAGGACUCAAUGGGACAGUUCCAGGUUCCACAGGAGCCGCCCCUGUUGGUGGCGGGGCUAUACAACCAAGUGGUGGGAUGGGUGUUGGUGGUACUGGAGUUCCCUCUGGAGGUUCUGGUGGUGAUCUCUCUGGUACGCUGCCUGGAGCCAAACCCCUCAAACCCCCAGGUGUCCCCAGAGGUGACACACCAGGUGAAGGAGAUGGAGAGGGAGGUCCUGAUGGAGAAAGAGGUGAUACAGCAAGCACAAGUGGAGGACCGGGAGGAGUAGGAGGGCGUCCUACCAGUGCCGGAGCUACAGGAGGUGUGUCAGGUGGCGUGACAGGAGCGGGAAGAGGAGACAGUGCUGCUACUGGAACUGGAGUUGGACCAGGAGGUGCAGCUGGUGGAGUAGGAGGAACACCAAAACCGCCCAAAGAAUAUGGACCUGAUGGGACUGUAGCAGGAGGUGUAAGUGGUGGACCUGGUGGAGUCGGUGGGGUGGGAGGAGGAAGCACUGGUGGAGUUGGAGGAGUUGGAGGAGGUCCUGGAGGAGUUGGAGUAGGAACAGGAGCCCUUAAACCUGGAAAAAGUUAUGGAGCUGGAGUUUUACCAGGUGGAGGUAUUCGUUACCCGAGUGGAGCUGGAGUAGGACAGGGAACAGGAAAACAAGGCAAAGUUUAUGGAACUCUUGGAGCAGGAGGCCAGGGUAGGGUUGGGCCUGGUGGUUAUGGAGCCGGUCCUGGUGGCUAUGGUACAGGUCCAGGAGGUUAUGGGGCAGGACCUGGAGGUUACGGGGCUGGUCCAGGUGGGUAUGGUGCUGGGCCUGGUGGAUAUGGAACUGGACCUGGAGGCUAUGGAGGCAGCAGAGGCACUGGUGCCGGGCCUGGCGGUGCUGGGACCCUCGGAGUUGGAGGGGCUGGAACUGGAGUAGGCCCUGGUGGAGUCGGUGGAGGACUGGGGGGAUAUGGUGGUGGUGUAGGUCCUGGUGGUACAAGAUAUGGAACAGGUCCAGGACUGGGUACUGGCUCUGGAAAACCACCAAAAAGUUAUGGAGCAGGAGCUGGUGGUACUGGGGUUGGGCCUGGUGGCUAUGGGACUGGACCAGGGGGAGUCGGUACUGGUCCCGGAGGUUUUGGACCAGGUGGCUUUGGACCUGGUGGUACUGGUGCUGGUAGCUACGGACCUGGUGGCACUGGACCAGGUGGAUACGGGCCCAACACUGGGACGGGACUGGGGGGUGUUGGAACUAGGCCAGGUGGUUUUGGACCCGGUGGUGUUGGCACUGGACCAGGUGGUGUUGGCACUGGACCAGGUGGUUUUGGCACUGGACCAGGCAGCUAUGCACUUGGUGGAGCAGGUCAAGGACUGGGAACAAGAAAGCCACCCAAAUCAGGCUAUGGAUCAUCUGCACUGGGUGGAGCAGGCUACGGGCAAGGCGGUGCUGGCACAGGUACAGGUUUUGGACCAGGCGGUGCUGGCACAGGAACAGGCUUCGGACCAGGCGGAGCUGGCACAGGGCCAGGUUUCGGACCAGGUGGUGCUGGUACAGGAACAGGUUUCGGACCAGGUGGAGCUGGUAGAGGAACAGGUUUCGGACCAGGUGGUGCUGGUACAGGAACAGGUUUCGGACCAGGUGGAGCUGGUAGAGGAACAGGUUUCGGACCGGGUGGAGCCGGCACAGGAACAGGUUUUGGACCAGGUGGAGCCGGCACAGGAACGGGUUUCGGACCAGGCGGUGUCGGCACAGGAACAGGUUUCGGACCAGGCGGUGUCGGCACAGGAACAGGUGGCGUCAGACCAGGGGGCCAAGGAUUAGGAAAAAGAAAACCCUCUAAAUCUGGUUAUGGAGGAGCUGGGUAUGGACAAGCAGGAGGAUUGGGAGGAGGUACAGGAACUGGCCGCCUCGGCCCAGGAGGUGCUGGAACUGGUGGUUAUGGCCCAGGAGGAGCUGGAACUGGCGGCCUUGGCCCAGGAGGUGCUGGAACCGGUGGUUAUGGCCCAGGAGGAGCUGGAACCGGUGGUUAUGGCCCAGGAGGAGCUGGAACUGGCGGCCUUGGCCCAGGAGGCGCUGGAACCGGUGGUUAUGGCCCAGGAGGCGCUGGAACCGGUGGUUAUGGCCCAGGAGGAGCUGGAACCGGUGGUUAUGGCCCAGGAGGAGCUGGAACCGGUGGUUAUGUCCCAGGAGGCGCUGGAACCGGUGGUUAUGGCCCAGGAGGAGCUGGUACAGGUGGUUAUGUCCCAGGAGGCACUGGAACUGGCAGCCUCGGCCCAGGAGGCGCUGGAACUGGUGGCUACGGACCAGGAGGUGCUGGAACAGGACCAGGGGGCUUUAGACCUGGUGGUGCAGGUGGAUAUGGACCUGGUGGCCAAGCACUUGGGAAAAGGAAGCCUAAAUCUGGUUACGGCUCAUCGUUGGGUGGAACUGGCUAUAGACAAGGUGGUGCAGCAGGAGUGCUUCCUGGUACAGGAACAGGAGGUAUCAUUGGAGGCCCAGGUGGUGUAGCAGGAGGCACAGGAGGUUCUGCAGGAACAGGCCAGGGGGUAGGAGGAGUAGGAGGAGUAGGAGGAGGAGCAGGCGGCUUACCAGCAGGGGGAGUUGGCCCUGGCUAUGGUGGGGUGGCUGGUGGAGGAUAUACAGGAUAUACUGGGGCUGGACAAAAAUCAAAAGCACAGAAGGCAGCCAAGUAUGCAGCCAUGCAGGCCUUACUGGGCGCCGGGGGCUACAGAGGCGCUGGCUGUCAGGGUAAAUACUGUGGCCGAAGGAGGAAGUGAGAGACCAACAGACAGGAAGUGACCUCAUUAAAACAACAGUGGUGCUAUUGCAUGAUCCCAGACUCUAAAUGUCUUAUCUGCCAUAGAAGCUAAAGCUUCAACACAUUCCAUGUUACACUUUAAUUUGCUUCGAUUUUAUACAAACGUCUCUUUCAGAAAGAGCACUGGUUCUCAACCUGUUACUGUCCUGAUUCCUUAAAUGCUUCUGAUGCAGGCUGCUAUGCAGAGCGGAGAAAUGUGUCUUUGCCGUGUUGUUGUUUGGAUAAUUCAGCGAUUUGACUUGAAAAAUAGUCACAAGACAAACAAGUUAGAACAAGUUAAAAUACGUCUGUAUGGGGGAUACAUUUGUUAUAACAGUAUUUUUCUCCACAUUAAUCACCCUGUGACUCUCCGGGGAUCCUGACUACCAGGCUGAGAACCACUCAAAUAAGGAAAGAUUUCUUUUUUGUGAGGCCAAGCUGUAUUAUCAUACACUUUAUGUUUAUUGUUGUUACAACAUUUGUGUUCCUGUGCAAGUAUCACGGUGAAUCCUCUGGGUGAAGACUGAUACCAAGGACACCCUCAGGGCAGCUCCUUCAGACCUGUCUGCAUGCUGACACAAUGUUUUUUUUUUUUUUAAUCUUCAAGGCCACACUUUUAUCCAGUUUGACUGGGUUUUCUUUGGGUCUGCAGAGUGUAAUGUGUAAUGUGAUGUUUGUUUGGAGGAACUGUGAACAAAAGGGACUCCAAGUGGAUUUUUUUAUUUUCAUUUUAUGGUGUGGUGUUUUGACCGGUCUUUAUCUGAUCCCUGAAAAGCAGCCUGUGUUUGUUUUAUCUGCACUCAGGCCUUAACAGUAUUAACAAAUGUGGAGGUCCUCAGCUGUUAACACAGAUUCUUCCACUCCUCUCACAACAUUACAGGCACUGUUUUAUAGCUACAUAACACUAAUUGGUAUAACAUUUGGUUAACAUGCAUAUUAUUUUUAUAUUUGUAAUGAUAUUAUGGUGUGGCUUAGAUUACAUUUGCUGUUGAGGAAAGCAUUCAAACUAAAUGUGAGGUAAUACUGUAUGAUUAGAAUACAUAUAAUGCAUUUAAAUGACAUCUGAGGAGCAUUGAUUACUGUGUUUUUUUCUUUUUUUGAUGUACCUCCUUUAACACUGUUGGAAAAUUGUUCACGUUUACUAGUCUUUUUAAAUUAUGCUGACAAAAGGCAGAAAAAGCUAUGUGCUUUAUCUAUUUAGUCUCAUUUUACGAAUUCAAGUGCAUUAAUACAGUAUUAAGAGUUAUUUUGUGUGUGUGUGUGAGUUUUAACAGUUUUUUAAACUUGUGUACUACGAUGAUAAAUAUAAGUUCUUUGUUUUCUACAUUGUCCUUGAAUGUGUGCUGAAUCACAAGUACUCUGUGAUGUCAUUUGCAUAAAAAAGUGUAACUGAAUCUCAUCUUGCAUCCAAGCUCACGCUUGUGUCUCUAUCAUGUAGCUCAACAUGUGGUUUUUUAACAUCUGUGUUCUUUAUGUGGCCAAUGAAGAAAAUGAUGCACUUUUGUACACUUUCAGACAAUGCUCUCAGAAAUAAAGAAAUGACCAAUGA